UUCUGGUUCUGACCGAUUCAUUGUCCUGCGUCCUCCAGUUCCUACAGAUCUAAGCGGAACAAAUGGCGGAAGUGAAAGCUGGAUGGGCGUGGCUGGUCAAAGUGCAGUGACCACUGCAUGUGUCCUUCAGGUUUUAUACCAGUGUAUUAACUGAUAGCGCAUCCACGUAGGAUCCAACAAUUACUGAGAGCAGAUGACAUUUUAAGUCUUCUACUUACUCGUCGUAACGUUUUUCGGAUUUGACGGAAAUGCCCUGGCGCUGCUGGCGGCUUCAUUCUUAAAGCUCCGGGAUUCAUAAACGGGAAUGAAGUGAAGUCUCGCGAGAACAGAGGGAUCCGUGGGCUUUGGCUGUCAGGGUUGUGCCUGUGGGAGACGGCAUAGAGAAACUCUGAAUAUGAGUGAUGACAAACCGUUCCUCUGCACUGCACCUGGCUGUGGUCAGCGAUUUACAAAUGAAGAUCAUUUGGCAGUCCAUAAACAUAAGCAUGAGAUGACACUCAGGUUUGGUCCAGCACGCAGUGACAGUGUCAUCAUCGCUGACCAAACACCGACACCCACGCGCUUUUUGAAGAAUUGUGAAGAGGUCGGACUGUUCAACGAGCUCGCUAGUCCCUUUGAGCAUGACUUCAAAAAGGCCACAGAGGAGGAUAUUAAAAAGUUACCUUUGGACUUGUCACCUCUUGCAACUCCUAUUGUACGAAACAAAAUUGAGGAACAUGCAUCUCUGGAAUCACAUCGGGACAGCCCUCUGCCCCAUCCCGAAUCUACAACCAGUGAUGACAAGGAGGUUUCUUUGCAGCCGACCUCACUGCCUACGUCCACUAUAGUUCGUCCUGCCUCCCUCCAAGUCCCCAAUGUACUUCUGGCCAGUACUGAUGCUAGUGUUGUUAUUCAGCAAGCCCUUCCAUCUCCAACAUCUAGUUCUGUUAUAACUCAAGUCCCAUCCUCUAAUAGGCCAAUAGUUCCUGUGUCUGGCACAUUCCCAGUGAUUCUGCAGCUGCCAAAUGGACAGACCAUGCCCGUCGCCAUCCCAGCCACCAUCGCCAGCUCUAGCGUACACAUCCCCACUGCCAUACCUCUGGUAAGACCAGUCACCGUAGUGCCUAACGUUCCCGGGAUCCCUGGCCCCUCCUCUCCGCAACCCGUCCAAUCAGAAGCAAAGAUGAAGCUGAAGGCAGCUCUCAGUCAGCAGCUUCCUCAGGUAACCAACGGAGACACAGAGCAAAGCCGGGCCGCCAGCCAGACUCCGCCCCCAGUCCCACCACCAGUCCCACCACCAGUGCAACCACCAGUGCAACCACCAGCCGAGGAGACACGUCCACAAUCACUACAACAACCAGCAACAUCAACCACAGAAACACCCGCGUCGCCAGCCCCGCCCGCUCAGCACACGCCCAGUACAGGUGGGCGGAGGCGCCGGUCAACCAAUGAAGACCCCGAUGAGAAGAGACGGAAGUUUCUGGAGAGAAACAGAGCAGCGGCCUCGCGCUGCAGACAGAAGAGGAAAGUGUGGGUGCAGAGUCUGGAGAAAAAAGCUGAAGACCUGAGCUCUAUGAACGGACAGCUACAGAAUGAGGUGACUCUGUUACGAAACGAGGUGGCUCAGCUGAAGCAGCUCCUGCUUGCUCAUAAGGACUGCCCAGUGACGCUCAUGCAGAAGAAAUCUGGCUACCACUUGCUCGAUAAGGAGGACAGCAGUGAGGAGAUGUCCGUCCCCAGCAGCCCUCAUAACGAGGCCAUCCAGCACAGUUCUGUCAGCACAUCCAAUGGCGUGAGCUCCACUACGGCAUCCGGCUCUGCCACUGGGCCAACCACAGACCAGAGCACAGAGGGGGAGGAGUCAAACGCGGCCCCGGCCACUCACACCCAGCCCGCUAAGAGCUGAUCAGGAUUCUCUGUGGUUACUUUUAUUCCUGGCAGCCAUGUUAACGUGAGGUGGAAAAAGAUUCCUCACAUUUCUUCAGUCUGGAGAAUACUCAUCCUCAAGUUUAUUUAAUUUUCCAUCAAACACAUUUUAUCAAAAUGUAGUAAAGAUGCAAGAGAUGGCACUUUACCAACCAUGAGUAAGGCUGUAAUGAUUGUCUAAUUUUUUUCCUCUCCUUCUCUUUAGUAUCUAUGUUUAUUUAUUACAUGUACAUGAUUACGAGUUGUAUGACAUUGGAACUCUGAAAUAAUGACUGACUCGGUGUGUUUUAUAUAAGAGUCAAAUGCCAAAGUGUGUCAUGGCUCAUUGUAAUGGGAAAUUGAUUUUCUCCAGCACUACUGCAGGCCUACAGAGAGACGGAGCAGCCAUGUUUAUUUCUUUAUGCCUUUUCCAUUUUGCACAUGAGGAGAGACAGGUGGUUUAUUUUUUAAUGUAGUGUUUGCCUGUUGAAAUGGCCACUUCUGGCAGCUUCUAGGAGUAGAUUUGAAUACAUGCAUUGUUUCAAAUCUUCAAUGAUUGAGCGCAGUUUAAACAAUUAUUUUUUUCUUUGUGUGCGAGUUGCUGGCUACGUCCACAAGUGGUAUGAUGUGGGCAGAAUGUUUUAAGUAAUCUUAGACCUGUAAAGGCAAGUCUUAAGGAUAUUUGGUUAGAAUCACAUCUUUUAAGAGCAAAGCUUUGAUCAACAUUCCAUGAGUAGUUUGUUCCAGUUCGGUAACUGUAGGACUAUAGUGCACAUUUCACCACACAGACAUGUCUUUGAUGUUGAUUUAGCCGUGUGCCAUUUUUUAAAAAUGUAUUAGUUACAGAUAUUGAUUUGUAACUGAUGAAUACAGGCAGACGGCUGUAUAAAAGUAGAUUGUGUUCUCAGAUCACAGAGGCUUUCAUGUACAUAAUGUGGAUUGAGUGGGAGGCAUAAUGCUUUUUUUAUGGGUGUUCUUUGCCACUUGCUGACAGAAGGACAGAUUCUGAAUCUGUGGUGUUCUACUUUUCAAAACACUGUUAGAUAAAAUAAGAUUUUUGCUGUUAUUAAUUCACCUCAGUUGAUUGUCAGAUACUGCAUUUUAGGAACCACUGUAAAUUUCAUUAAUGAUGACGAUAACAUUGUAUAUGAUAUCUGCAGAAAUUUCGUGGAUUGUUUAUGUUGGGGUCUUACAGCCCUUCAUUCAAGAAUAGUGAACAUGUUCUUUUAAAAAAAUUGAAACACGUUCCACACUUGACUUGUGGAGUAGUUUAUUCCCUCAAAACACAAUAGGUAACAAUGAGUAAAUAAUAAUAAUACAACUUUUGAAUUGUUAAUAUUAUAAUCAGGAGGUUAUUUCCAAAAAUAAGGAAAAUGAUUAUGUACUUUAUUUAAGUUAAAUUAUUUAACCUGCAGUUGAGCUUAGUGAUAAUUACAGAGUAAGAGUAACUCCUAGUAUCAUCCGUUAGGUUCAAAUUGCCUUAUCUCUUAAAAUGUAUUGGCUUACUACUGUGUAGUUUUAUUGAUGCAUUAUUUUUUGCUUUUCUACAUGUCAUCUAUUGAAGAAUGAUUUUGUUUUACAGGUAAAUUAGUAUGGUCACUGUUAUGUGCUUACUUGCAUGAAGGACUGAUUCUCCGAGAGAAUUAGACUGGUAUUUUAAUCAUAUCUUAGUUGGAUUAUUGCUGUAGAACAUGUUAAACUUUGAUUCUCAGUCAGGAGGUGGCAGGUUUACUUUCUGCUGUUUGUUAAACUUUGGCCACACUGCGGAAAAAGGAUGUUACUAUUAUUGUGUUGGCAGUAAACUUGUAAUUUCGUGAAAGUUAUGUAUAAAGUAACAUAAAUUAAUACAAUGUUGUAAUAAAUCUUUUAAUAUCUCUUUAAAUCUA